UUAACAGAAUUCAUGUUUGGAAUUAAAUGGUAAAUACUAUAUGCAAUAGUAAAUGUGGACGCCUGGUGGCGCUGCAGGCUAAGCGUAUGAAUGAAGGCACAGUGGAUACCCCGGUCGCCAUUAAGCUGGGAAUCAAAACUCUGAAUGCUUCCCAAAAGAAGGAAGUGUUUUUAGGUAAGAUCUAGGGGAAAAAAAUCUUCAGAGGGCAUCGUUCUAGGUGCAAGUCAGUCAGAAAGAUUUAAUUCGAGGUUAUUUAACGAGCAAUCUGGAUCAACUGUACACGGAAUUGAAGAAACUGCACCUUCUUGGACCGGACCUGACCAAUGGAGACUGCGCUAGCAAAAAAGCCACGGAAAAGGCAAGUUAUCUUUCUUGCUAUAUUGUUGCUUUUGAGGGAGGCUGCCUCUGAAACAAUUAGAUAUUCCAUGCCAGAAGAAACAGAAAGUGGCUCCAUUGUGGCCAACCUGGCAAAAGACCUGGGGCUCAGGGUGAGGGAACUAGCCACAAGGGGUGCGCGAAUCCAUUACAAAGGAAACAAACAGCUCUUUCAGCUCGAUACAAAGACCGGUAAUUUGCUUCUAUUUGAAAAAUUAGACCGGGAGAUGCUGUGUGGGGCGACAGAUCCCUGCAUAUUGCAUUUCCAACUGUUACUGGAAAGCCCGGUGCAGUUUUUUCAAGGUGAUCUGCAGCUCACAGACAUAAAUGACCAUUCCCCAGAGUUCCUAGAGCGUGAAAUGCUCCUAAAAAUCACAGAAAACGUCCUGCCAGGGACUGUGUUUCCUUUGAAAUUAGCUCAGGACUUUGACAUAGGUAACAACACUGUUCAGAACUAUACAAUCAGCCCCAACUCCCAUUUUCAUGUUGUCACUCAUAACCGCGGAGAUGGCAGAAGAUACCCAGAGUUGGUGCUGGACAAAGCGCUGGAUCGGGAGGAGCAGCCGCAGUUCAGUUUUAUCCUCACGGCGCUGGAUGGAGGAGCUCCACCCAGGUCCGGGACCACUGCAGUCCUCAUUGAGGUCCUGGACAUCAAUGACAAUGCCCCUGAGUUUUUACAGUCGCUCUAUGAGGUACAGGUUCCCGAGAACAGCCCCCUAAACUCCUUGGUUGUCACUGUCUCUGCCCAAGAUUUAGAUGUAGGAGCCUAUGGGAAUGUAAUCUAUGCACUAUUGCAAGGCGCUGAAGUUACACAGCCAUUUGUAAUUGACGAGAUAACAGGAGAAAUUCGUCUGAAAAGGACAUUGGAUUUCGAGACAACUCGCUAUUACAAUAUGGAAAUUGCAGCCACAGAUGGCGGGGGUCUUGCAGGAAAAUGCACUGUAGCAAUAGAGGUGGUGGAUGUAAAUGACAAUGCCCCUGAACUGACCAUGUCCACGCUCUCCAGUUCCAUCCCAGAAAACUCGCCAGAGACUGUAGUUGCUGUUUUCAGUGUUUCUGAUCCAGAUUCCGAGGACAACGGUAGGAUGGUUUGUUCCAUUCAGAACGAUCUCCCCUUUCUCCUAAAACCCACAUUCAAGAACUUCUACACACUGGUGACAGAGGGAGCGCUGGACAGAGAAAGGCAGGCCGAGUACAACAUCACGAUCACCGUCACGGACUUGGGGACCCCCAGGCUGAGGACCCAGCACCACAUCACCGUGCUGGUGUCCGACGUGAACGACAACGCCCCCUUCAGCCAGAGCGCCUACACGCUGCUGGUGCGCGAGAACAACAGCCCCGCGCUGCACAUCGGCAGCGUGCGCGCCACCGACGCCGACGCGGGCUCCAACGCGCAGCUCACCUACUCGCUGCUGCCCGCCGGCCGCGCGCACCCGCCGCCCGCCGCGCUCGUGGCCGUCAACGCCGACACCGGCCAGCUGUUCGCGCUGCGCUCGCUCGACUACGAGGCGCUGCGCGCCUUCGACUUCCUGGUGGGCGCCACGGACCGCGGCUCGCCCGCGCUCAGCGGCCAGGCGCGGGUGCGCGUCGUGGUGCAGGACGCCAACGACAACGCGCCCUCCGUGCUCUACCCGCCGCCCAACGCCUCGGCGCCCUGCCCCGAGCUGGUGCCGCGCGCGGCCGACGCGGGCUACCUGGUCACCAAGGUGGUGGCGGUGGACGGCGACGCGGGCCAGAACGCCUGGCUGUCGUUCCAGCUGCUCAGGGCCACGGAGCCCGGGCUGUUCGGCGUGUGGGCGCACAACGGCGAGGUGCGCACCGCCAGGCCGCUGGGCGAGCGCGACGCGCCCAAGCACCGGCUGGUCGUGCUGGUCAAGGACAACGGCGAGCCGCCGCUGUCGGCCAGCGUCACGCUGCACGUGCUGCUGGUCGACGGCUUCUCGCAGCCCUACCUGCCGCCGCCCGACGCGCCGCCGCCCGCCGCGCAGGCCGACCGCCUCACCGCGUCCCUGGUGGUGGCGCUGGCCGCCGUGUCGUCGCUCUUCCUCCUGUGCGCGCUCGCCUUCGCGGCCGCGCGCCUGUGCGGGAGGCGCGGGGCCGGCGCGCGCGCGGGCUCGCUGGGGCCCGACGGCCCCUUCCCGGGCCGCCUGGUGGACGUGGGCGGCGCCGGGACGCUGUCCCACAGCUACCAGUAUGAGGUGUGCCUGACGGGGGGCUCAGGGACCAACGAGUUCAAGUUCCUCAAGCCCAUUCUCCCCAACUUCCUGGGUGAACCAGCUGUUCAGGACAUUGAGGUAAAUGCUAACUUCAGAAAUCAUUUUGGGUCCAAUUAGGAAUCUCACUUUGACAAGAUUUGGUAAAUGAUAAUAUUCACUAAUGUAUAAUUCCUAACCUUUUCAUUUACAUAAUGAGCUUACUGUUUCCCGUAUUCAUAAUUAUUGUCAUAUUUAUAAUUAGUUAAAUCUGCUGAUAUAUUUUGCAUCCCGUAAAUCUGGGCUGUUUGCUUGUUUUUAACAUCAUACAUUUUGCAUGUUCAUACAAUAGCAAAGAAAUGGUGUUUCUCAGGUGCACGGGGAGUCAAAUUCUCAAAAUUUACAUGUUUUCAGGGUUCUGAUAGUUGACCUUGUUCAGUGAUAUCUUUUUAUGAUUAAGAGAAUCAUGUUUUAUUAUCAGGUGCAUGAAUCUAAUUAUUGUAAAUGAUUGCUUUCAGCUUAUACAUCAUUUCCAGUUAAUGUAAUUCCAUUAACUGUCAGAUUUUUGUAGCGUUCCUUCCAAAACACUUGUUACCAUCACAGAAAGCAGUAUUUUAUUGGCCAUUUUCUGAGUAUUUUUUCUCAAAAUUGAUAUUAUUUAAAUGAUCAACCCCAGUUAAACAGUAAAAAUGGUAAAGAUAAUAUUGGUAGACUUAUGAUUACUUUUUCAUAAUAAAUGGUUUUGGUAUGGAAGUA